AGCCCGAAGGAAUAAAACAACAAUAUAGUAAAGGAACAUUCAUUUGCGCUACUGAAAAAGGUAAAAGAUAAAGAAGGCUUCCUGAAUAUGGGAUGAGGGAAGAUUAUUUUGUUUAAUAAAUAAAACAAAACUAACAUAGGGAUUGUUUUCUUUGAACAUAAUGUGUAACGCUGAUCACCUUUGCUACUUUUCCUUACUAGGAAACUACAGCGAGAUGAUUGAUUUAGCUCUUCCACCUGAGAUCAUUCCUGGAUCCGUACUUCCAAAGAUAUCGAUUGUUGGUAAGCAUUACAAAUGAAUACAAGUUUUGACAAGUUUACAAUGUCAGUAAUAUCUCAUUCAAACAAAUGAACGACUUAUUGCUGCGAUCAAUUUCAAGUUGGUACUAAUUUCUUAUGAAUUUUCUUAAUGCUUUGCCAAAACAUAUUACUUCCCCUUCAAAUUUUCCGUCGGAUUCAUGUCGUAUACGAAGUAGUACAUAUCUCUUCCAAUCUUUCUUUCUAGGCGAUAUAAUGGGUCCAGCUCUGACAAAUCUGGAUGGACUGCUGGCAAUGCCCUACGGUUGUGGUGAACAAAAUAUGGCUAAGUUUGCUCCAAAUAUUUACGUUUUGGAUUAUCUUACAAGCACAAAUCAGCUUACAAAGGAAAUAAAGGACGAUGCGAUAUGGUAUAUUAAAUCUGGUAAGUUUUAA